AUGAAGAUGUUCACAAUCAAACUACAUGUACAAACAGCAAUAUACAUUGGUUUGAUAUUGGCCAUCCUGUGUAUGCAACACACCAGUGGAAAUAGAUGUCUUCCAGCAGGUCACACUAACUUUACCACCAGCUUUGAUCGGAGAACUCAGACGAGCCGAUAUGUGUUCUCCUCCGGGACGGGGCAGUCUUCGCCACGGGACGUCAUCAGUGCGAAUGCUACCGGUUCCAGCGUAGACUUUGACUUCCCGCCUGGUUGUCUUAUGACGUUUGACAGCAUCAGCUUCACAUCGAACGGAUCAUGCUUCUACCAAGUGCUGUAUUCCUCUGUGCAGUCGAGCGGCAGAAGCAACAGCCAGAAUAUUCCGUUCUCACUGAAGAGCGAUGCAGAUCCCAACGGUCAGAAGGUAUUGAAGUUCGUAGCCAUAUCAGAUAUAUCUGGAAGUACCGUCACGUUUAGUGCCAUGCAACGAUUGCAUCCUGGCGGCGUUCUCUCCCCCUGCAUUAUCCUGGUCAAUGCUGCUGGUCAGCCAUAUGUUUCCUUGUCAGCUGAAGAUUGGAAUGAGUGCAGUGAUACGUACAAUCCUCCAUGUUACCAUGGUUACUCAACAGCCAGCGGCGGUAGUCACACACAGCACUGCAAGAACGUGUUUGGAUCAUACGAGUGUACCUGUAAGAGAGGCUAUACCCGAGACCAUGGAAUAUGCCAAGACGAAGAUGAAUGCAGACACGUGCCGGAUGUGUGCAACGCGGACGGUUUGUCCAACGGUAGUGUGGUAUGCGCGAACACGGAUGGAUCAUAUCGAUGUCUGUGCGCUGCUGGCUUCGAGGUCAACAGCAGAUCAUGCCAGGACGUGGAUGAAUGUUCGCGUGGUACACAUCGAUGUGCUCCUGGAGGAUACUGUGUCAACACACCUGGUCUGUACGUGUGCGACUGCGUCACAGGUUAUACUGGACUAUACUGUGACUCAUACUAUACCGGUCAAAUUUCAAACGAUACACUGGCAGGCGCGAGCAGCACCGAAAUCCUCCCCACCAUGCCCAACACUAACAAUAAUGGGCACAGUGUCACAAACAGGACAACGGGUGUUGCGUCGCUCACUGGCACUGUCUCGGCCAGCCGACCAGACGGCAGUAGUCCACGCUCUACAGUCCUGGUUUCCAUGGUGAUCUCGCUGUCCGUACUCGUGCUGAUGUUGGCAGUGGCAGUGCUCUUUCUCUGGAGAAGAUCACGUGACAAUGCGUUGCCAUGCCAGCAAGAAGAUGGCGUCGAGUCGAGAACCCGUGCGUUCAAAUCGGCAUUCCGGAAGAGCUCGUCCACCAGUCACAAUCAGAAUAGCGAGCUUCACGGAGAGUACGAGGACCCCAAUGCCCAUCCUUUCCUGUCGACUCGCUCAGCCAGAGCAAGUCUUCCCAGCGUCCCCAGUUGUCCACACAUCAGUAGCAGUGUGGGAUGCUGUUCUGAUCAUCAUGCAAUGCCAAGCAUGGCGUAUGCUCUACCUGCCGAUAACAUCGCUGCGUCUCAACCUCUACCGCUAGUGCGACACGGCUCAGCACGGCACAAGGCGUCAACUCUGCCAAGCUUGCCUCACAGGGUUACCCGUGUGAAGAGCGCACCUACCGCUGUGAUUCACCCGUGCAGCGAUGGAACAUGUAGAUCGCAGCCAAUAUCAUCCUGCGUCAGCCAUACAUGCCAGGAAUAUGCCAACGCACACACCUAUUCUCUAGCCACACAAGGCAUGCAGCCUGCCCAACAACAACAACAACAACAACAACAACAACAACAACAACAACAACAACAACAACAACAACAACAACAACAACAACAACAACAACAACAACAACAACAACAACAACAACAACAACAACAACAACAACAACAACAACAACAACAACAACAACAACAACAACAACAACAACAACAACAACAACAACAACAACAACAACAGCAACAACAACAACAACAACAACAACAACAGCAACAACAACAACAACAACAACAACAACAACAACAACAACAACAACAACAACAACAACAACAACAACAACCCAAUGGUGACGUACAGGAGGAGCCGGCAGGUACCAAUGUUAUGGACCACUGCAUGAAGAGUGUUUAGCCCAAGUUUGGUGAUUCGCCGCUCCAGUAUGCUACCAGCACCAAGCGAAACCCAGAGUGACUGUUCAGAUAUCUGCACUGCUGCCGUGUCCCUGUUGUGGGCCUACAGUAAGAGAGAUUGUGCAUGGACAGACUGUGACUGCACCGAUACCUGUAUAGAGAACAGAAGAUGGAGAGGCUUUUCCUUCGUAGGACUACCUACCAUUCAUGCCGUGCUUGACAGACAUGGACAAUCGUAAUACUGUAGUAGAAAGAAAGCCAGUGUGGCGAUGUUCUAUCACUUGUCAGCUGCAGCACACACAGUCCUCCAUACGUGACCUCCGCACCUAUAACUGAUCACACACAAAAACGGUACAAAGAAGUUUAAAAAAAGAGAUGGUUGCAAUUCUGAGUUUCUUGCUACUUGCUCACAUACUUUGCCGGCCUUGAUCUUUCCACCUACCGCCUCCAACCUUUUAGCACCAAUGCCGGUAUACGAAUUCACCCAGAUAAAUCUAGCCCUGGUGACUGUGCUCCUCAGAAUUAUCCGUUGUCUUGUGAUUGCCCAAACUCAUGCGACCAACACAGCUGGUACCUGGUGUACAGCACAUUGGAUGUGCGGUGAGGCAUACUCCCCAAAGACAACAUUCAACACAUCAACAUGAAAAUCGACGGACCGAGUACAGCCAUUUGAACUUUGAAGCUUGUCUUGUUUUGUUUUCUAGUGGAUACCCCUCACUCUGUAUUAAAUAGGCCUUUUCCAAAUCGGCCGGCCAAAAUUUUGCCGAAAACAGUGGUUUUGAAGAAGUCACCGAUCUUUUCGCCGAAUAUACAAUUUACAUGUACGCACUGAAUUCGCCGAAAAUCGAUGGUUUGGUGCCUCAACAGCAUCCAGAUUUCUGUAACCAGUAUACAUUGUACAGCGGCAGCGAAAGGGGACUGCAACUUUAGGCAGUUCCGAAAUCUGUCAGCAGGAAAAGACGCCGAAUUCAAUGGCUGUCAAGAAAUCGCCGAUAAUUGCCACGAAUUUACAAACUUGGCACUGAAUUCGACGAAAAUCGAUGUUUUAUGCCUCUGCAGCUUGCAUGUAAAUGUACUUGUGUACUGCGAGCGGUGAUUUCAAGUACUGUUUUGAGCCGAAUUCUGACUUUGGGGCUGAUAAUAUUUAUGGCCGAAUUUGGGCAUUCUCUUUGCCCGCUCGAAAAGCCGAUUUAAAUAGGCGAAGAAAUCGGGCCGAUUUGGGAGAUGCCUACUCUGUACCAUCAUGCACCGUUCUUCCUUUCUUUUUUUCGUAAUGGUACACACUAGGCAAACUAUUAGCACAUUGUUUGUUUAGCUUUAUUUUACUUCACCAUAAGCACAGGCAAAAUCUGCCUUCUCGCUGGGCGUAUUGCCACAGUUCUCGCAAAAUGAUGAUCACAUUGCUUCCCCUCGCGCAGUACUGGCAAUUUCACUUUUACACAGACUGCGGAGCUCCAGAGGGUAGUGGGACAUUUACCAGUGCGUGCAAUGUAAUCCCAUUUCGGAUCAUUGAGUAAUUUAGUAGCCCCUACUUUUUUUUUACUGUGUGGCCUACACAUGGUAAAG